CUGCUACCAGCAACCGAUCGAACACCUUAAAAAGUACGGUUUAUUCUUCGUAAUCAACUGUAUUAGACGACAAUUUCAAAUAUUUUGUAGCAUCUAUCAAGAUUCCCCUGGUGCUUUCAUAAGAAACAAAGUAAAGUUUGAAAUAUUUUUGAUCUACUCACAUUUGUGGAGAUAGAUGUGACAGUAUCAUAAAAUUCUGAGGUGUGCGCAGAUCCCAGGCCAAAAUCAGACUGAAAUUGCUCCACACUUGAAAAUACUGCCUUAUUUUCCAGUACCAGUGUUCAGCGGUUCGAAAGGAAUUCAACUAUCUAGCACAUCUAAAUAGUAAAAAAUAAAUUCUGAUUUUGAGAAUUUAAGAGGGAGUAAUACAAGUUUAAUAUAUCUUAAGAUGAAUACACAUAAUACACAAGAUAUGUUGGCUACCGAUGACCAGGCCACUGUAUUUCAUAUUAAUCAGUGCUUUGGUAAUUUUUUAAAUACUAAUGCAACAGAAUGCACACCAAUUUUGGAAAUUUGUGACUGCCAGCACCAGAAUACGAAUUCUUAUGCACAUAGCACUUUAAACUCAAUAGACGGACAAUAUUUGGUGGACAAAUCGGAGAAACUCAGGCCAAAGAAGAGUAGUCAAAGAAACACACACAUUUGUCGUCAAAAUGUAAGCUGUGUCAAUCGACGUACGAAACGUGGUCAUGGAAUACUUAAAGAAGUUAGCGAAUUCGAAUCAACUUUAUCUUCAGAGCAGCUUCGAUCAAAUAAUUUCAUAGAUCUUUCGUUUACUAACCUAGACUACUUUAUCACACAGAAGGAAUGGGCAAAGAUUUUGAUAGACCAUUUAAAACCUAAUAUUAAAAAUAUCCUUUCAAUCACAAUGCAGACCAGAGCAAAUGGUAACACUUUGGCUUUUAUUAGAGUUGGUAGUGUUAAAGAUGCUCGUUUCGCGAUCUCUCGCUUUCAUCAGAAAAGGAUUGGAUUUAGGCGAAUUCGGGUUAGUAUUUUGGAUCCAAAUCGAGUAUAUAACAACAAUAGUUUAAGGCUUGAUGUGAUUUCACUCUUACGUACAGCUUUCGGAUAUUCUUUACCUCUUUGUAAAUUUAUUGAGCGAUUCGAGAAACGAUUUCAUCGAGAGAUAAGUGCAUCAGACUUACAGAGGAUGCGAGAUAUUGUUGAAUUCAAGGAAAGUCCAGGAAGUAUUGGUGACCAUUCAGUGACUUUAAAUAAACGAGCUAUGGAAAUUAAUGGACUCCAGAUGCCUAAUGAGCCUGUAGUGUGUAGACAGCACUGUUUCGAAGGAAGUGAAGAUUAUAUUCGUGCAACGGCCCGUUGUUUGUUGCCCUCCAUCAAUAUUCACCUAAACUCAUUUCGAGAACAAAUAGUGAAACUUCUACACAAUCAUGGCGAUUGCAUGCCACUGAUGAGCUUCCCUGCCUGUUAUAAAUCAGAAUUCGGUGACUCAGCCAUUAUAUAUUCUGACGACACACGUGACAAACCAGAAGUUGACAGUGGCCCAGCUGGUCCCAGUAAUUCGGGAGGGAUUAUGGACAAUGACGAUUCCAGCAGUUUCCUAAAAAUUUCUGAAAGUGAAAAGUUGGUAACUUCUACUCAUUCAGAUGAAGUUGUCCUUCUGAACAAAUAUUCUGUCAAGAUGACUGGUGAUCAGCAGUAUAGGUCAUCAUCAAAACAAUAUUAUAACAGACAAGGUGUGCCUCUUGAACAUCUUAUCACCUGUGUGUCUUCAGUCAUUAUUCGCACCGAAUCAAAUGGAGAGAGAUACAUUGUCUAUGAUCCGAACUAUGAAAUAGGAGUUAUGAAUUUUGGUCACUCUGUCAGCUUACCGAGUUCGCUGCCGCAGAGUCGUGAGAGUCUGCAGUCAGGUACCGUUUUUGACAAUCUCAAACAACUCAGCCGGGAAUUGGUUGAACUAAUAAGGCAUCAGCCAAGAUGUCGAAUGCUGUUGAGUAAAUUUAUACCAAGUUAUCACCACCACUUUGGCAAACAAUGCCGUAUAGCUGAUUAUGGCUUUUCGAAAUUGCGCGAGCUGAUGAACGCUUUGCCUAAUGUUGUUCACAUUAUGGGUUCGGGUAAUAUGAGGAUGUUGACAUUAUCUCACCGUGUGCAAAUUAGACGGUUCACCAACGAACUGAUCAAGGUGCUUAAAUCUCAGUCAACAAAGUCUUGUCGUUUAUCUGACUAUCCGAUAAUGUAUAAACGCACUUACCGCAAAGAAUUCUGUAUAACAGAUUAUGGUGUCUGUUAUCUUACUGAUAUGCUGUCGGAACUGUCUGAUAAUGUUGUGAAAGUAACUGGUUCGGGUUCGGACACAGUUGUGUCAUUACCAAAAAUCGUACAAACCAGUGAGGAAAGGUAUCGCACCUUAAUGUUUGCGGAUGAAGUGGUCGAUCUUCUCAGUGAAAGACCUCGUUGCCGACUGCCUAUUAGUAAAUUUAUUCCAUCGUAUCACCAUCAUUUUAGUCGACAGUGUCGAGUAUCUGACUAUGGCUUCACAAAACUAGCAGACCUUCUGGAGGCGAUUUCCAACGUAAUCCAGAUUAAAGAAGAAAAUAAAGAAAAAUAUAUCAGCCUUCUGCCUGAAAAACACUUGCAAAUUUUCGCGGAAAAACUUCUGGUCCUUCUGGAAGCGUCACCAGACAGAAGAAUACCUAUCAAUGAUCUGACAGAUGUGUAUGCAAGACAUCACGGUUAUGCUUUGUGUUUGGAGGAUUUCAACGUGUUCUCAUUGAAAGAGUUAUUAUCCAAGUUUCCACAUCUAUUCUAUACUGAGUUUAGAAAUGAACCUAUGUUGGAUGUAAUAUUUGAAGAAUUGGAAAGUAUUGUGGAGCUUCGAAAGGAUUUGCCCAAUCCACGUGGCGCAAUGUCAUUUGGCUCAUCGAAUGAAGCAAUUCCACAUGACGUCAUAAAUCCUCCCCAUUAUAGACAUACUCAACUUCAAAGCUAUUCGUUUCAGAAUGUGUGUAAUGGUGACCACAGUACGGAAAUUCCAUCGGUAAUACUAUUGAAUCACUUUAUAUCUCUUCGUCCACUGAUCAGACUAGCCGGCGACUUGAAAGAGCUAUUAAGUCACAGUAAUGGGAAGAUCUUACUUGUACAUUUGUGUACCAUGUACCGAAAACAUUUUGGUGUUCCGUUGAAACCAGAGAAUUAUAAUUACCGAUCGUUGGUAACCUUGUUAAAAGCGAUGGAUUUUGUGGUUUCAAUAAGAGGUCGUGGUCUUCAGUGCACAGUGUGUCUAUGCGAGGACUUUAUAGGAAGAUUAUCAUACCGAGUCGCAUACAAUACAAAGCCGAAAUUUAAGGAUCCCAGAAACCCGCUUUCUUCACACGAAAACGAGCUGGAAACUCUCAAACUUUUGUUCAACCCUGAAUCCGUUUUUAGUGGAAAACUGCCGAUGUCAUCACCACACAUGUUGUGUUUACCCCUUCGGCCCUCUCGUUCUUCAACGCCUAAAUCCGAAAUGUUGUACACGCCGACUCAAUGUUAUAACGAGCCAGCGAAACCAAGUUCAGAAGAAUUAUUGCAUGAGAACAAUUCCGUUGGUGCUGUUUGCUGCAAUGAAAUGGCCGAUUCCAAAGAAUUAUUUUAUAGCGGAAUUAUUCACCCUUCAUCAUCCCGAUCGUUUGCGUAUCGACUUCCUUAUGCUCAUUAUUCUUUGAGCACUUCCGGUCAAACUGGUUCUUUCACAAUGGCGUCAGGUUUGAGUUCAUCACAAUAUGGUCACUACCACUUCUCACCAGCCCCUCCGAAUAGAAUACGACACUUUCUAGUUGCGCGCACAAACUUCGUUGGCCAUGUGGAUCCGAGUUCUCAAAGUGCAAUCCCUUUUCCACCUAAUCGAACAAGGUAUGCAUAUAAUGGAAAGCAGCACCUGCCAGAUUGUCAUCCACCUCCCUUUAGUGCAUUCAAUUCUACCACCAAUGGCUCUCAAACACACUAUCCUACUUUCACAAUCUUACCACCUAAUCAAACAUCAAGUAGAAAUUUUGUGGUACCUACUAGUGCACCAACGAUCUCAAACAUUCCAUAUGCAGUACUUCCAUCACCUCAGUUUUAUCCUCUUGGUGUAGAUAUGACUUAUCCGGCUCCACUCAGUCAAGCGAAUCAUCACCAAACCAACCCUCAAUAUACCGGGCUAGAAUUCACUAAUCAACAGGUGGCUGGUACGGAUCUGAAUGUCAAUUCGAUUUAUCCAGCCAAACAAUUUAUCCAAAGUUGUUUAUGUCCGGAGAAAUCUUCGAACAUCCUAACUCCUUUUACUGCACCAGUCAAGUCGAUUUCGUUGUCUACUUCCCAACAGCGGUUGGAUGAGCUCGUUGAAAGACUGGCCUACGGUAAUUUACACAGUGGAGUGAAUUUAGUUAACAGCAGAUCUGACCGCUUACAUGAUGAAUUGAAAAUUACUAACAUGGUGGUGGCUGCACAGAACGCUGAAACUGCCCAUCCUUCAAAUGUUUAUCAUACAACGAAUAUGGUAGAUUGUACACAGCUUUUGUCAAACUGCUUCACUCUAUCAACAUCUAACAACUCUUAUUCACGGAUAGAUCCUUUUGCAAAUAAUGCAUUACAGUAUUCUUCAAUUCACAACCGAAAUAUACCCACUAGUCAACCUGGAGUGGUUAAGCUUCCAACGAAUAACUCCUGUAUGUUUUAUAAUACCGAGUGCGCGAAUAUACCUGUUACCGGUUGGAACCAAACGGCCAGUUCUUCUUGCAGAUAUUUCACUGGAGAGUGUUCAAAAGGACAGAUAACCGGUGUUGUGAAUUCUAAUGGUGGCGUCAAAUGGCCAAUUCCAAUGGGACCAAGUUCUCAGGCUAAUCAGUUACUAUCUCACGAUGAACAUAAGAAUAUGCAGAACUUAUUGCCUAAUAAAUUCACUGAAGAAAAAAUUCUGACAUCAAGUAAUUCUUCAGCUGGAUUCCUAGACGGAAAGCAGUCUGCGAUUACGGAAGAUCCCUUUUUAUCUGAAAGUGACCAACUUCAUAGAGCAAGUUCUACUGUUCAUUGUUUCAAUCAACCUGUGGACUAUAUACAAAAUCACACAAAUACCCUUGCUCAAAGGAAUUACUUUCAGAAUAAUAACGACACACAGCGAAUGAAGUUAUCACAACAGCUGUCAUCACAUACCACUGGUUUAGCAAGUGCGUUUUCACUUCAAUGA